AUGAACAAGUCUUUGAAUGAAAAACUAAUCAAUUUCAUCAAUGACAUUGCUGAAAAUGUAUUCAUAGUUCAAUUCGUGAUUUCUACAAUUGGAUUAGUUAUGAACGUUCCACAUCUUCUUAUCUUACUUCAUAAUUCUAUGAGAACAUCUUCUACUAAUUCUAUAAUGAUUGGAAUCGCGAUAUGUGAUUUGAUAGUUUUGUCUGAAAAUGUUUACGAAAGAGUUCAAGGAUACUGGUUCUUUGGUUCUCAGAAUCCAUGCAUCAAUGACUCUAAAUUUUGGUACAUGUAUUCAUUGCUUAUUGGAGACUUUCUUCAGACCGUUUUCGAAAGAGCGUCUUACUGGCUUGGAGUUUCCUUAGCGUUUACCAGAUUAGUUAUCAUGAAAAUGUCUGGAACUACGUUGAAAAUAUCUAAACCCUUGUUUGGCUACCUUCUGAUACUCGCACUUGUCGGCUUAAGCUCUGUGCUUAGUGCAUAUUAUUAUUGCGGAUACAGUAUUGCUCAAUGGGGUACUUGGGAACCAGAAAAGAAGUAA